AUGGCAAUACGGAACUUAGUAAACAGUAUCAAGUGUCGUGGACCGGAGACAUGUUCACGGCUUGUUUGUAGUGUUUAUGUAGAGAUGCGAACACUACUGCAAACUUUACGAAGCGUUAGAAACUUUGUUACAUCAACUGCAAUGGAUAUACAAGUUUCAGAGCUGUCUGUCCCGGUGCCCUGGGGAGAGAUCAGAGGGAGGGUCUGGGGUCCUGAUCACGGCCGUCCUGUGCUGUGCCUGCAUGGCUGGGCUGACAACUGUGGUGCAUUCAGCACUCUCAUUCCCCUCCUACCUAAAGAGUGCAGAUAUGUGGCGAUAGACCUGGCAGGUCAUGGUCGCUCAUCACACCGUCCUCUUGGAGAUUUCUACUCUCUUCCCACCUACGUGGCGGACGUACGCAGAGUCGCUGAUGCUCUGCAGCUGCGGAAAUUCUCCAUCAUAGGCCACAGUAUGGGUGGUGACAUUGCUGGAAUGUUCAGUGCACUGUAUCCUGAGAUGGUGGAUGCUCUGGUGCUUUUGGACGCUUACGGAUUUUUUCCAACAGACUUGAAAGAACUUUCCAAAGCGAUGAGGCAGGGGAUGGAUGAGAUAUUUCAGUUUGAAAAAAAGACAAAAGGACAGGAGAGAGUUUACACUUAUGAGAAGGCAGCUGAGAGGUUGUCGGCUGCAAACCCCACUCUGUCUGAACAGUCAGUGCGCAUCCUUUUAGAGCGAGGUCUAGUUCAAGUUGAAGGAGGAUUUGUGUUCUCCAGAGACCUCAGAGUUAAUUUUAAAUACAUAUUGCUAAACACUUUGGAGCAGAGUCUGGUGAUGCAGUCGAAGAUUCAAGCCUCUGUUCUAGUUGUUCUAGCAGAAGAAGGCUUCGAUAAAAUCUUUUCUGAGCCAGCUACAAGAAAAUUUUGCCCAACACUUCUCCAAGGCUUCCAGGAUAGAAACCACACAGUGGCGAGGGUACCAGGCGAUCAUCACGUUCAUCUGAACAAGCCAGAAGUCGUCGCUCCACUUGUGUCUGACUUCCUGCGAACCAAAGUGUUGUCCCGUCCAAACACCAGAGAGCACAAGUUAUAAACUACAAACACACUCACUCUGUCACACUGGAGAUAUGUUGUAUUCUUGUUCAUAAGAACAAACUGUGUGUGAUUACAUGAACAAUAGCAUUCAAGUUUCUUCCGUAAUGUGAUGAAUAGCCUGUUGAAACAAGUUGGUUGGACGGCAUAUGCAGAGGGAUCAACCUUAAGUGUUUUACAACUUUAUUGACAAAUGAGAACAGGGGGAAAAUGAACAUACUUUUGCACAUACAUAUCAGCUUCUGCCUUAACUGUUUCUUUUUUAAUUUGUUGGUCCAACUUUUUAGUUUAGUAAGAGUUAACAUUUUUAAGGAAGUUAAUUUUUGAUUGAUUGAUUUUAUUUGAUUAAAUACAAUAUAGUACUAAAAUCAUCAGGAUGUCGCACCAAAGUCACGCGACUUAUUUCCAUUGCGGUCCUGAAGUCUAUGGCAGAAGAAUCUUAUAGACCAUAACAAGUUAUAACUGUUGAGUUCUACCUUCAACAAGGAAGCCACUUAAACUCUUAAAUAUGGUUUGGGCUUACCAUAUAUGUGUUCUUGAACUAAGUACGACACUCGUUAGUUUGUUCUGAGCUAUUUAUUCUUUGUUCUUUUAGUUGUACCACUGUACCAGGUUAUGCAGGUGUAUAGAUCAUAGUGGUAAAGAAGUUACGAUGUAGCUAAUAUCCUGGAUUCCUUAUCAAGGAGUUUGGAUAUUCUUGCUGACACUUUGUCUUUGGAUUGACCUCACCAAAGUUUUGAGGAAGUGCUGAUUUCAAAGUGUCCUGUAGAAGCAGAGGAGGGACGUCCAUCACAACUUUACCUUCUUCCAGGCUGCAUGGAGAGGAGAAAAAGUCACUAGAAGUGUUUUUGGAGUUUUUACUUUUUCAUUUCAGUUGAGCAGAGGUGGUAUGCCACACAGAUUCUGAUGCAUCCUGAAAAUGACAGUCUCAACAAUAGCCACACAAAGCAUUGUGCAUGUGAUAUUAAUAGCACACACGUGUCAUUCCUUUUUCCUGUCUACCCCCUGCCUAGACUUCAGGACCACAAUGAAAAUAAGUCAUGUGACUUCAUUGUGAUAUGCUGAUGAAUUUUGGUACUGAAUGCACCUUUGUGUACUGUCUUUUAAUAUAGCAGCAAACCACUGUUUACUGUGUAAAGAUAUAGUGGCGUAAAGGCAGCCUGAGCAGAGAAUGAAGUCAUACUACCUCUGAGUGUGUUAUUAGCUGAGUUUCUCUGUGGUUUCUUGUGGUAAGAUGGUCCAGCUGCAUGUGCAUAUCCUGCUGGCUAGCUCCUCUGCGCUCAUAUGGCUGACCAUUGGUCCCUGCCGGUUAACACUGUCAACACUGUUGCUGUUCUUUAGCACUGAUUAGGAAGUUAGCACCGUUAGCUACUAGCCACGGGCUCAGCAACCUCCAUGUUGAGAACCGUGUCCAGACAGCUCAUUCACUCGUUUAUUUGUUCAUUUGUUAUGAUCCCCAUUAGCUGUGCCCUAAAGCACCAACAGUCUACCUUUAAAACAUAGAAUAAACAUGACGGUUCUCACAAAUCAACACACUUGAAAACAUACAUUGAACAAUAAAGCCCAACUCUGAAUUUUGCAAAGAGCUUCUUAAAUUUAGAAAAAAAUAAAAUCAAUCAAUGAAAGCACACUGUGUGAAAUCUGUUUUGCCUUGAAGCUAAUUCUUUAUAACAUAAAAGAAAAAUUUUAAAAUGUACUUGUUAUUGAACAUACUUGCUUAAAUA